AUGCUGCCUGUGGCAGUAGAGCCUCCCGAAUCUCGUAGAGAAGUUCGACAACCCCUCCGUGGAGAUGGAUCUACUUUCAGUACUGGAAAUCUAGCGAUGCCCAGCUAUGCAGGUGGUAGAACCUGGUUUGCGUCAGUAUUGGACGUAGCCGCGCCGGAUAGAUAUUUCUGGGGUCAGGGUGGCUUAAUGGGGAGUGCAGGUUUCCUGAAGUAUAAAGAGGAUCUCCGACGUGUUGAGGACUGGGGCUGUUGUGGAGCCAGAUCAAAGGAAGCCAUUUUGAAGAUAGAAGCCUUUGUACGUCUUUUGUGA